AUGGGCAGCUACAACUGUGUGCAGCCUGUGGGUGGCCAGUGGGACACCUGUGCCUCUUUUAUCAUCCUUCUUCGGUGGCUGCAGAAGAGCCAAGGAACCUGGCACAGGAUCAGCAAAGAAUGUGCCACACGGAUGCAUCUGUGCAGUUUCCUACCUCUCCCUCUGUCUACAGCGUCACGAUUACAUCCUCUCAGCGUGCCAUCCUCUGUCACAUCCACCAUCUCACAUUCACAUGGUCAUACACAGUCACCCACUGACACACAGCUUUGCCCACACAGCGGCGCGAUCACACAGGCACUCAUCCGUUCACUUAUCCUCCGUGCCUGGCACGCCGUCCGUCUGCCCUGUGCCCUGCCAGGAACAGGAUCCUGA